UGUGCAGCGGAGCCACCUUUGGCUUGGAAGAUUGACUUUGAUUCACAGAGGGCGUUGGGAUUGAACCUGUUUGCAUGGCGUGGUUUAGGCUGCAGACGUUCAUGUCGUUUUGCCAGCACUUGGGCCUCUUGGCAGUCAUACUGCUGGUGCAGCCUCCUCAGGUGGACGCGGAUGCACCCGGCCCAACAAGCCCCCCUAAGCAAAACAAAUCCUGCGUGGGCAGCUAUGAAUGCAAGCAAGGGGUCAUACUGCCAAUAUGGUACCCGGAAGACCCGUCCCUGGGCGACAAGAUUGCCCGGGUGAUCGUCUAUUUCGUGGCGCUGAUCUACAUGUUCCUGGGGGUCUCCAUCAUCGCCGACCGCUUCAUGGCCUCGAUCGAAGUGAUCACAUCGCAGGAGAAGGAGAUCACCAUCAAUAAGCCGAACGGGGAAACGUCCACCACCCUGGUUCGCAUCUGGAACGACACGGUGUCCAACCUGACCCUCAUGGCCCUGGGCUCGUCGGCCCCGGAGAUCAUGCUGUCCCUGAUCGAGGUGUGCGGACACGGGUUUAAAGCGGGCGACCUGGGCCCCAGCACCAUCGUGGGCAGCGCCGCCUUCAACAUGUUCAUCAUCGUCGCCAUCUGCGUGUACGCCAUCCCCGACGGCGAGACCCGCAAAAUCAAGCACCUGCGGGUGUUCUUCGUCACGGCGGCCUGGAGCAUCUUCGCCUACGUCUGGCUCUACAUGAUCCUGGCCGUCUUCUCGCCGGGGGUGGUGCAGGUCUGGGAGGGGCUGGCCACCUUCCUCUUCUUCCCGGUCUGCGUGCUGCUGGCCUGGGUGGCGGACCGCCGGCUGCUCUUCUACCAGUACCUGCACAAGAGGUACCGCGCCAGCAAGAGCAGGGGGCUGGUCAUCGAGACCGAGGGCGAGCCGCCCAAGGGCAUCGAGAUGGACGGCAAGCUGGCCAACUCGCCCGUGCUCGACGGCGUGCUGCUGGCCCUGGAGGGCAAGGAGGCGGCGGACGAGUCCCGCAAGGAGAUGAUCCGCAUCCUCAAGGAGCUGAAGCAGAAGCACCCGGAGAAGGAGCUGGACCAGCUGGUGGAGAUGGCCAACUACUACGCCCUGUCGCACCAGCAGAAGAGCCGGGCCUUCUACCGCAUCCAGGCCACCCGCAUGAUGACCGGCGCGGGCAACAUCCUCAAGAAGCACGCCGCCGAGCAAGCCAAGCGCAGCGCCAGCCUGCAGGAGGUCAGGGCGGACGCGCCCGAGGACCUGUGCUGCCGGGUCCACUUCGAGCCGUCCGCCUACCAGUGCCUGGAGAACUGCGGGGCCGUCUCGCUGACCGUGGUCCGCAGGGGCGGCGACGUCUCCCGGCCGCUGGUGGUGGACUACAAGACCGAGGACGGCUCGGCCAACGCGGGCGCCGACUACGAGUUCAGCGAGGGCACGGUGGUCUUCAAGUCGGGCGAGACGCAGAAGGAGAUCACCGUCGGCAUCAUCGACGACGACAUCUUCGAGGAGGACGAGCACUUCUUCGUGCGCCUCAACAACAUCCGAGUGCUGGAGCUGGAGGACGCCCUGGAGCCGAACAACGUGCCCUACCCCAAAGCUUUAAUCGUCUCCCCACUGGUCGCCACGGUGACUAUUCUGGACGAUGACCACGCCGGGAUCUUCACCUUUGAGAGUGAUGUGGUCCGUGUGAGUGAGAGUAUCGGUGUGAUGGAGGUGAAAGUGCUGAGGACAUCUGGGGCACGCGGGACAGUCAUUGUUCCCUUCAGGACAGUGGAAGGGACGGCUAAAGGAGGCGGAGAAGACUUUGAGGACACUUACGGAGAACUGGAAUUCAAAAACGACGAGACUCUGUAA